AUGGCUGAAGAUGGAAUGCUUUUGAAUUUCGCCAUCAGCGAUUCCGUGAUCAAGCCGGAGGCCAAGUUCAAAGGAGGGACAUGGCGGGACCGGCUCUCAGCGAAAAAGCGCGCUCAGCACCGACCCCAGCCUGGGGAUGGCAGCAAACAGAACAACGAAUCGAAGAACCCGAAUAAAAUCGCGAUCCCCGGGACAAGGCCGACAAAGCGACAAAAAACUACUGAAUCUCGCGAGUUCCCAGACAGUGGCGAUCACGACCGACGGUCGCGGUCGCAGCAACAUCCCCGCCACUUUGUGUCGUCUCUCUUUACCAGCAAUCCCGAAUCGCAACACACUGAGGAACCCAAGAAUGAUGAGCCGAUGGAGGAUGCGAAACCGACCAAUGCUCCCCUGAUUGACGGGAUUGAUACGUUUACGAACCUGGGCUUGUCACCGAACUUGGCUGCGCACCUGCUCACCAAAUUGGAACUGAAGGCACCGACAGCGAUCCAGAAAGCCUCGAUCACACAACUGUUGAAAGAGCAAAGCGAUGCCUUUAUUCAGGCCGAGACUGGAUCAGGCAAGACAUUGGCCUACCUUCUCCCGCUAGUAGACCGGAUCAUGGCUCUCUCAAAAGCAACGAAAGAGGCGGGUGUGCACCGUGACAGCGGAUUAUUUGCAAUUGUUCUGGCUCCAACCCGUGAGUUGUGCAAGCAGAUCUCCGUUGUGCUGGAGAAUCUUCUCCGGUGCGCGAACUGGCUCGUCGGUGGUACAGUCAUUGGUGGAGAGAAGAAAAAGUCAGAAAAAGCACGUCUGAGGAAAGGAUUGAAUAUCCUUGUGGCCACCCCGGGUCGCUUGGUGGAUCAUUUAGACAACACACAGGUGCUAGAUGUCAGCAACGUUCGAUGGCUAGUUUUGGAUGAAGGUGAUCGCUUGAUGGAUAUGGGUUUUGAGGAGGAACUGCAAGGCAUUGUGAAGAAGCUUGACGCGAGACAACGACCGAGCCGGGUUCCCGGUGUGCCAACACGGAGGACGACAAUCCUGUGUUCCGCUACAUUGAAGAUGAAUGUGCAACGUCUGGGAGAGAUCAGUCUGCAGGACGCAGUGCAUAUCAAAGCAGACCCCGAAGAUGAGGACGAGCAGACUCGAAAUGCGAACAAGGACGAAGAGGAAUCGUUCCGUGUCCCUGCUCAGCUGAAACAGUCCUACGCGGUUGUGGCAGCUAAAUUGCGUCUGGUCUCGUUGACUGCCUACCUCAAACGGACAUUCCUUCGCAAGGGCUCUGUGAUGAAAGCCAUCGUCUUCGUCUCCUGCGCAGACGAGGUUGAUUUCCUCUUCGAAGUCUUGUCAAGGAAGCAUGGCGAAAGAGGACAAAAGAAAAACGACGACGACGAAGACGAUGAAGAGAACGAUGAUGAGAAGAAAGAGAAAGAGCAGGAACGCGAACAACUAUCACCACACGGCACUAUCGCUCCUGGAAAUGCCUUUGCGAACCCUGCGAACCCUGUUGCUCUCCACAGACUCCAUGGUUCCCUGCCCCAGCACGUCCGAACUGCCACCCUCAACUCGUUCUCUAAAAGCAAGGAUGCCUCGGUCAUGGUCUGUACUGACGUGGCUUCCCGCGGUCUGGAUCUGCCCAACGUCGACUUAGUCAUUGAGUAUGACCCUGCUUUCAGCGCCGAUGACCAUACCCACCGAAUUGGCCGUACCGCACGUCUGGGGCGUGACGGACGUGCUGUGAUCUUCCUUCAGCCUGGUUCCGAAGAGAAAUACGUUGAGAUCCUCAAGCGUGGCUAUCGCGAUGGUGGAAAGGCUCUCACCCGCACAGAUGCCACUGAGAUCCUGAAGCGUGGCUUUGGUGGAAACACCGAAGCUAGCUCUAAGAACUGGGAAGAGAAGACUACGGACUGGCAGAUGGACGUUGAACGAUGGGCUUUGGAUAACCCAGAGUAUCUGGAGAUGGCACGCCGUGCAUUCCAAUCGCACAUUCGGGCAUACGCAACUCACAUCGCUGCAGAGCGAAGCAUGUUUAACAUCAAAGAGCUUCAUCUGGGCCAUCUUGCAAAGAGCUUCGCCCUACGCGAUCGACCCGGAAAGAUCAAUGUUCCCGGUCUGCGUCCUGGUAAGGAGGAGACAAAGAAAGAUUUCAAGGCCGAUCGCGGUGGUGCUUUGGGCAGGAAGAGGAAGGCUGAUGGUGCUGCGGGCGAUACUAUGUCGAGUACCGACGAUGCUACCCGCGAAGCCGCCCGCGAAGCCUCCCGCAAAAUGAGGGCCAAGGUGAAGGAGCACAUGAGUGCCGUCAACGAGUUUAACCUGGCUUAG